AUGCGUCUGCCCUACGCCCCUUCCACCCCGCCUGUGGAUGCACCCCCGGACACCGCCGACAUCUAUGCCCGCAUCGCGGAGCGCAGAAAUCCCCGUCCUUUAAUCCCGCUUGACCUGUCCCUCCUCCAUAGUCCACCUGUCGCGGAUGGCUGGAACAGCUUCAUCGGAGCUAUCCGGUCGCGCACUGUGGUCGACGCUGGUAUCAUGGAGUUGGCAGUCUGCCGUGUCGCCGUACUCAAUAACGCUAUCUACGAAUGGAAUGCCCACGCUCCAUUAGCUCUGAAAGGUGGCAUUGAGCCAGAUCAAUUGCAGGCUGCUCUUACAUUACCUUGCACUGCUGAGGGGGAUGUUGCUGAGCUUGAGAGCAGCACACUCACUCCGCAACAGCGCGCCGUUCUACGCUAUACCGACCAGAUGACUCGCACUAUCAAAGUUCAAGAUACCGUUUUUGCUGAAUUGAAGAGGGUCGGGUACGAUGACCGCGAGAUCGUGGAGCUCACCACUACCAUCGCCGGUUAUAACUGUGUGAGUCGGUUUUUAGUUGCGCUGGACGUUGGCGAGAAUAACGCUCGCGAGAUGAAGAGUGUGGAUGAGUUGGUCGCUACGAUGCAAUAG